CUUUGUCGCCCUUUUUGUGCAAACUGAAUACCAUUUCGUGACCAAUGAACAAAAGCAAACUCAAACGUCGGCAGAGUUCUACGCAAAGUGAAGACUUGUUCGAGUUUGUGGAUUAUACGUCUGUUUCCAACUUUGAAAGGCUUGCGACAGCCAUUGAGCAAGCGUUGUGUGAGUGGGGCUUGAAAGACGCUGCUUACGGUUGUUUCUCCGACGAUCAGCUUGCCAUUGCCACGGCUGCUUUAACUCAUCCCAUUCCCACCGACUUUACGCGCCACGAAACCCUCGCCAUCGGAGAAGACUUAUUCAAAUUAUCAUACCAUUGCCAUCCCGCCGCUCGGUUCACGCACCACGACAGUAGCUCCCCACCGCGAGACGAGCAUGCCGACCUUCCGCUUGCUUUGGACGAGUUUUAUCGGUUAACGUCAGUCACGGAAAUAAACGACCCACAAGACUAUCACCCGCUUCAUCGAUGGACAGGAAUGGGCCGCUUGCUCAUCCUGAAACCAAUGACAGACAACUCGAAACUCAAAUAUUUUUCCACGAGCAGCCGAUCCGUCGAUAUCCACCAAGCCAAAACUUUGAUAUCCGCCUGCGCUAUCGCUUUCCGGAACAUCAAUUGCUCCGUACCCAUCUUUGUUCCCAUCGGUCAGAGCAGAAACGCACUGUACAAUGGUUACAUGCUGCAAAACGACAGCGUAUUGGAAGACGUUGAGAUCCGGUUCAAUACGACCCUGACUUCGCCCUUGCUGUUACACUACACGGAGCUGGACGGUUUACACAGCUUAUUUCAGCAUAAAUUAGCCAUGUCUCAACCGAAUCAUGGAGCUUCGGACCGUCAGAUUUGGACAGCCGCAGUUUUUACCUAUGAUCUGCCCCACGAUUAUGACGAGGAUUGGAAGAAUUUAAACGAGAGCGUAGGCGGGACAGACACCAUGAGUGGGGAGAGCCAAGCGCAACGUUGGAGUACGUUGAGCUUUAGCGAGGAGAUGGAUGAAUGGGACAAUGAACACCCGACUACUUUGUUUUCCAAAAAUGCUGCGUCCCACCUAGCCUUUGGCUCCUACAAUGACCCACUCCGCUCAUUAACACUUAGCGCGAUAUUUCCCAUGUCACCGGACGGAACGUAUACAGAUGAAACGAUGGAUGCGUUGACCGCGACCCAUUGGCGUCUUUCACGAGAAUUUGCUCCCGCCAAUCAACAAAGAGCGUUUCUUUCAACGUUGAUCGAUCAAGUAACUUCGUCUUGGAUUCGAGAUCCCGAGAACCGACAAUAUUUAGCGCCUUACGAUGAUAAUAAUACCUUGGAGGAAACGACCGCGGCACCGACAAACGAUAACCGACUCGUUCGUCACUUACUGUCGGCCGUCGGCCACAACCGUGGUGCCACUGCUCACCCUCCUACGGCCAUGAGCGUAUCGGAUCAAAUGGAAUCGAUUUUGGCGUCGAUCUUUCGACGCGAAGGGCAGCAGGGCGGCAAAGAAGACGAUGAGGGGCCCCAUGUGUCACUCUAUCACAUGAACAACGAUAUUGCCGUUUACACCGCCCAAGCAUUAGGCUUGCGUCUACGCCAAAUCGGUAGCGUUCCUUCCCGAUCAUUUUUAUGGAACAUGGUUUUCUAUACCUUGAAACUAUUUUCGGACACUCCGAAACUGCAAAGCACCAUUUCUUUCAUCAGUUUCCUGCGAUAUUUGUGGAUCGAAGCGCUCCGACGGAUACGAUGGCAUUGGGAAAAUUUAGUGCCCAUCCCAGACAUCAAUCCUUACCUGUAUCGCAAAACGUCUUCUUCCGAAAGCAGCCUCCAAAACAGCAGCGAAACAGUCAAAGACGGCCCAUCCCAUGAAAAAACGUUGGGUAUCGACCUUCGUUACAAUAUCUUACACCAAAAAUUGGCCAUGGUCAACUGUUGCAUCUAUCGUCAAUUAGAACACAUGUCAUCUGAAGAAAGAGAAGCGUUGGCCAAAAAAGCCUACUCUUCUCCAAAGAAGAAAGUCUCAAGUUUAUUUGACAAUCUCUCGGACACCCCGUCAUCGACAGCUACACCAGCGGCGGAAGGCAACAGUUUAGGGUUUGAUGGAUUGAAUUCAUUGUUGGAAAAACUGGUGGAUCCGGAAGAAGCAUCUACACCCGGUUCAUCUUCUAGGUCUAAUUCUCGACCAGAGCCAUCCGAAAGCGAUGAUAUUAGCGAAGGGGAGCUGUUUUUCGAUUCGGUCGAGGAUAUCGAGAAUGCGGCACUCAUAGGAAACCACAAAACAGAACAGGAGAAGAAGAAUUCGGAGGAAGACAGAGAAAAGCCCAUCAUGGAUGAAUCUUCUCGUGGCUCAUCCUUGUCCGAUGUUUCCGUAUUAGCGCGUCCGCCUCCGAUGGGUGAAUCUUUCGUACGAUUGAAUUAUCCUUCAAGUGCCGAUUCCGAUGCUCAUUAUAUUUCCAAUGCUUCCAAUUUCCUUGUGCAGAAAAAGGAGAAAAAUCGUGAAAUCAUGGAUUCGGAUGCAGCCGAAGGCCGAAAAUAUCCAUCACCGCAUUUACAUCUAUUAGCAACCAAGGAGCCCAUGUGGAUACCCGAGACACAGGAACCGGGCUUCAUGACAGAAGAUAUGAUCAAGCAACAGGCAGAAGUAUUUGAAAGUCUCGGCACCUCGGAUGGAGCGACGCAGCUUCGUGCUCAACUGCAAUCGGCGCAGUUAUUCUCAGAUAUGGAAGCCUUCAAGGCGGCGAAUCCUCAUGCUUCCCUGGAGGACUUUAUUCGAUGGCAUUCGCCCAAAGACUGGUUGCCAUCCUCGACGGUUGAUGGAGAAAACAGCAGUACCCCUCUUGAAGGGAAAUUAAGUGCAAGAAUGGCCGAUCCGAAAAACAUAUGGCAGGAAUUAUGGAAGUCUGCAAAGCGCAUUCCGGCGACACGACAAAAACCGCUGUUCAGUACGACCGCCGAAGCCGAAAAGGCUCUCCAUUAUCUGGAGUCCAUGUCAAUUCAUGAAACCUUUGCAAUGCUGUUACCGACGCUCGUUCUCAUUGCAUACAAGACAUUAACCACGCAUCCUAUUGUUCACUUUUCUCGAUGCGUUGCAGAGGGACUGGCGUCUUUAGGAUCGGAAGUCGCCCGUUUUUCAUGGGAAGAUGUUCGUGAUGGCAAGCAAACCAUGGAUAACAUUAUCGCACUGUUACGACAGCAAGAAUCCACCAUGUGCAAUGGUAUCAGCUUACUUAGAAAGAUGCCAAAACAAUAUGAGCUUGUGGAUCGGUUACUGAGAAACUCUCAGACAUUUGUUGAUGAAGGGGAAGAACGGUCGGCAUUGUUCGAUAUAUUUAAGAAUGAGCAGAAUAUCAUGAGCCGACCUCGGUUCAAGGAGUACAUUCAUUACAGUGAUUGCUGCGAAAUGGCGUUUGAGGGACGAAAAUUGCCGCAGCGGCAGUAUACGUUGGUCAAGGAAAAUGAGAUCCGUAUUGUAGAUAUGCAAACCACAGAUGCACUAUAUACAUAAUAUAAUUAUAUACGAGAGCAGGUCAUAGUCACUAUUUCUCUGAAAAAGAAUUGUGUAUGGCCCGAGCAAUGUUGACAGCGAACCUGCGGCAACAAAACCAAUGGAGACUGAAAUCGGAAUUUGCUGAUUUUGGGUUACUGAGAAACCAAACACAGCCUUCAUGCACAUCAUCCAAUGAAAAUGCAAAUAGACGCAGCU